AUGCAGGAACAGAGCACCUCCAAGCAAUCAAAAAUGCCUUCCAGGAGGGCUCUUCACAUGAUGUUAUGUUUUCUUCUUUUCCCUACCCUCAUCACAUUGAUCAUCUACAAUUCCCAUAUCACUUACUCUCGGUUCUUCUUUUCCUCCACUGCCAAUAACUCCCAUGUCCAGAUUGUUUUACCCCAUUCAAUCCACAACCAGAUUUCUCAUCUGCAGUCCCAAUUGGGAGCUCUGUUGGAUCAUCUACAUAUUGAAAGUUCGGAAUCAAAAUCUUUAACAAAAUUUUCAGAUCAGGUCCUCAGCAUUGCUAUAUCCUUAGACAAGCUUGCUGAUUGCUUGUCAGGUUUCUUAAGCAAUGCUCCUGAUGGUGGUAAUGAAAUGAGCAGAGUAGAUGAAGAUCUCAGUGAGCCUGAGCAAAGUGAAGCUGAAGAAGUCAAUCCAUCCAUAGGACUGGGUUGCGCCCCUAUGGCCUUCAUUGUAGAUCGCUUCAUGACUUACAAGAUCGAUGGUAUGUGCCCAAAUGAUUGGGACUUAGCUCAGAAGCUCAUACUUGGUGGAUGUGACCCAUUACCAAGAAGAAGGUGCUUCUCAAUGGCGCCUCCUCAUUACACUACGCCAGCUAAUCUGAACUCCUCCCUUUGGACUCAACCUAGUGAUGCUAACAUUUUAUGGAACAAUUAUAAGUGCAAGAACUAUAAUUGUCUUGUUUCCAACAAGACAAUUGAUAGAAGAGGCUUCUACAAAUGUGCUGAUUGUUUUGAACUUUCUAAUCGGGGAUGGGAAAAUCCCAGAAAUGAAUCUGCCUCGGCUGAAUUCACCAUCGAUGAGGUGCUAAGGUUAAGGCCAGGAGAGAUACGAAUAGGUCUCGAUUUCACCCCAACAACCGGCACUUUUGCUGCAAUCAUGAGAGAGAAAAAUAUUACCAUUGCUUCGGCUACACUGAACUUAGGUGCCCCUUUCAGUGAGGUGAUUGCACUAAGAGGCCUCCUUCCCCUUUACAUUUCAGUCGGCUCAAGAUUGCCUUUCUUUGACAAUGCACUUGAUAUUGUUCAUUCUACUCUCUUCUUGGAUGGGUGGAUCAGCUUGGAACUCCUCCAGUUUGUCCUGUUUGAUUGGGAUCGUGUCCUUUGGCCAAAGGGACUCCUUUGGGUGGACCGGUUCUGCUGUAAGAAGGAAGAUAUGAGGCUGUAUUUAGAUGAAUUCACCAGACUAGGCUACAGAGAGUUGCUGUGGAGGGUGGUGCCAAAGACAGAUAAACUUGAUGAUGAGCUCUUUUUCUCUGCUGUUUUGGAAAAGCCAAUUAGAGGUUAG